CUGGCCAUUUUCAGUCAUGACGUCACCGAGGGUGUCGUUUUGGUUGAAUGACAUAAUCGGCUAUACCUGAAGAAAUGCUACGGCUUCAAAAUCAGUAAAUGUGAAGCUGUCCAAACAAAUGAAUUCUUUUUCAGUUUAACCGAUUGGUUGCAGGCGCCUGCACUGACCAUUAGAGAGCGCAUGUAUGCCCACAGUAGAAGAAGCGGCUGCCCAACUAAAUGACGUGACAAUAUAAACUAUAUAGUGACUAACGAGCUACGAGGGCCAUGUUUCUGCUAAUGUUGUUGUUGACUAGCCAGUGACGUCACGUCGUCUUCUGGCGAGAACGUGACGGAAGCGGUAGUGCAACAUGUUGAACACGUCGUUUUGUAUCUUCCGUGGCAAUAAAAAUUAAAAAGAUUGACGUAAAACUGCGAGCAAGUAAUGAGCGGCAAAGAAGACCCGAGACGAGGGUUUCUUGUGAGUUCGAAGGGCAAAGUGGAGCAAAGAUCAAAAAAAGCUGCGAGUGAAAGUGAAAGUAGAAGAAGAAGAAAGGGCACCUUCGACGGCGAGUGGCUUCAACUCCACAGAACAUUCGACGUAUAAAGGCUCACGUUCCGCCAUGAUGAAGCAAGCGGCACUUUGUGGCUUCCUGCUCCUGCUGGUGGACUCACUAAUCACUGUGGCCUUUUGGACCGGGCUGGUACUACUUGGGGGAUCAAACUGCGGCGCAGUGGAACAGUGGGGCUUUGCAGCGCUCAAGUGGGUGAUCCUUUACUCAUUCACCUGUGGACUGACUGAUGGGAGACAGCAGGCGGUGCUCGGGAGACUGGCGGUGCUCCUCUCUCUACUGCCUCCAGUGUUGGAAAGCGGGCGGGCACUCGCAGCGCCCCCUUUGGAGCCGUACGAGGCCCCACCACCUGACCCCGGCGCCGCACUACUGAUGGCGCUGAGCUCGGCACUGAGCUGCGUGGUUUGGGAGGCGGGCCUCAGUGGCGGGCGGGCACGAGAGGACGAGCCACGUCAGGAUGUUCGGGGCCUGCUCACGAGGGUCUUCCAGUACUUCAAACCCGACUUCUUCUUGCUGUCUUCAGCUUUAAGCUUCCUCAUCCUCGCCGUGGGCUGUGACACAUUCAUCCCGUUGUACCAGGGAAAGAUCAUGGACAUGCUCCACGGGACACACCUUGACUCAAGCUUCUUCUCCACCAUGGCACUGCUGGCGUCCUUGUCACUUGGAAGCUGCGUGUUUGCGGGACUGAGGGCGGCACUCUUCAUGUGCUCGCACGGCCGCCUCAACAAGAGACUCAAACUUCUGCUCUUCCAGUCGCUGCUGACACAGGAAGUGCACUUCUUUGAGGAGAACAAUCCAGGACAUCUUUCUUCCCGCCUGCACUCGGACGUGGACAAGAUGGGCCUGACGGUGGCGCUCAACGCCAACGCCGUGCUCCGCAGCACCGUGAAGGCUGUCCUGAUGAUGGCAGUCAUGUUGCGUCUGUCCUGUCAGCUCACCAUGCUCACGUGCAUCGAGAUCCCGCUCACCGCGGCGCUGCAGAAGCACCACUUGGCCCGCUCUAAGGAGCUGACGGACCAGAAGCAGGACUGCCUGGCUGCCAUCCAAGAGCUCGCCAAUCAGUCGGUGGGCGGGAUUCACACAGUCCGCAGCUUCAACGGCGAGCGUGAAGAAUUGAGGCGCUAUCAAAGGGCUCUGGACAAGCUGUGUGCCGUUAGAAGACGUGCUGAAGUCUACAACGCCGUCUUUAUACUAACACGGCGGUUGGGAAGUUUGGCCAUCAAGACGGCGAUGCUGCUUCGCGCUCGCACGCUCAUCUCAAGCGGUCAGCUCAGCAUCGGAAGUCUGCUGUCCUUUUUCCUGUUCCGGAAGCCCAUGGCGCACAACCUGAAGGAGAUCUUGUUCUGCUGCGGGGAGACGCUGUCCACGGUGGGCGUCAUCGCCAAAGUCUUCAGCUAUCUGGACCGGACGCCGAAAGGCCACAAGGACGGACCCUUGGCGCCUGACCGGCUGAGAGGAGGAAUCGUUUUCGAGGACGUCACCUUCAGGUACCCGUCCACAGCUCUGGACAAAGCGGCGCUGAAGGCGGUCUCCAUAACAUUGGAGGCGGGAAAAGUGACAGCGCUGGUGGGUCCGUCUGGGAGCGGAAAGACUUCCUGCGUCAGCCUCUUGAAGAGGUUCUACGAACCCGAGCAGGGUCGCAUCCUGCUCGACGGCGAGCCGCUGCACCGAUACCAGAAGCGCUACCUCCAUGAGAAGGUGGUUCUGGUUGAGCAGAAUCCGGUGCUAAUGUGCGGUUCUGUGAGGUACAACGUGGAGUACGGCCUGACGUCGUGUGACUUCCAGCGGGUGCGAGACGCUGCCAUAAAGAUCAAAGCGUACGAGCUUUUGGCCAAGAUGGAGGACGAGGACGCAGACGCGGGCCAAGGUGGCGGCCGCCUGUCGGAGAGCGAGAAGCAGAGCGUGGCCGUUGUGCGGGCACUGGUCCGAGACCCGCGGGUCAUCCUGCUGGACGAGGCCACCAGCCAACUGGACGCCGAAGCGCAGGAUGCGGUCCUGCAGGAAGUUCUGCGCGGCGGCCGCACAGUUCUGAUGGUGGCGCACCAGAUGAGCAGCGCCGAGAGGGCGGACCGCAUCAUCUUCAUGGAGGACGGUGCCGUCGUGGAGGAGGGGACACACCAGCAGCUGAUGGUCAAGAGGGGACGCUACUGCCGCCUGAGGGAAGCGCUGUUCUCACAGCAACUUCCUGGCCUUCUGAAGGACAACUAGGUUUUAUUUUGAUUUUGUGUUGACUUCCUGUUUACUAAAGCAACAAGUAUUAAAGAAACAUUCAAGACGUUUCCGCUUCUGUGAAGCACCGCCCCUUGCAGGCUGUCGUCCACUUUUAAGUCUUUC